AUGCACAGGUGUAAGAGUGCGUAUGCACAGACUUUUUUGUCUGUUUAUCCCUACAACAUUUUCCUUCGGCCCAUCUGUUUCGUUUCAACUUAUUUUCCUCAUCGCUGUGCUUUUCCUUCCCUUCCCUUCCCUCACUUCUCUUCACUUCCUUUCCCUUUCCCUUUUCUUCCUUCUUCACCCGCGCGUACACGCAUUCGUCUUUAUACCCUCCACUGUCGUUCUCAUUUACCCUCGUCUCUGUACUCUCCUUCUUUUUUUUUUCUCUCUCUCCUUUACGUGCGCGACGUUAGUUCGACCUCUACGCGUCUACGAAUGCGUUUUUGGUAUUCGUGGCACUGUGUUGUAUCACUUCCUGCUUUUUUUUUACUUUUCGUUUAUUGUUUUUUUUUUUUAAUCACCUUGUUCCACCGCCACCAUCAAUGCCAUCAUUGUAUCUCUCUUUUUGUAUGUGUUGUUUUACCUUUUCCCAGUGGUAAGCCUCAAAUAUCGCAACGACUGUUGUGCACCACUGGUGAAUCAUAA